UGCGUGGUGUUGAAGAAGACCAGUCUGGAUUGCGAACACGAUUGCUCGGCGUCAAGGCGCCGUCGUUGCUCAAUUGACCUACCCUUCUUCACCCUCUCACACGCUUAUCAUUCCUCGUACGACAAAUCCCAAAGUUUCCAAAGCCACACGUAGCGUCCGACUACUCAGGCCGAGGUCGAUCUCAUCGCUGACGCGUGCCUUGCGAUCGCGUCGCUACGCACCACUCCAGCGCUUUGGCUCGCGAUCGCCAUCAUGGCGCGCAAUGAGCGAGGUCGAGGAGUGACAGAAGUAGACGAGUCGAUGGAAGACUACACGUACGGCACAUUGGACUUUGGCCACUCGCAGUCCACGCGCGGGCUAGGGGUCGGUCAAGGUCCGGCAAUCACAUCCACCUUGCCGAGGUCCAAGGCGGGGCAGCAGCAGCAGCAGCAGCAGCAGCAGCAGCAGCAGCAGCAUCAUCAUCAUCAUCAUCAAGCAGCGGGAGCGGCGCAAUGGGCAGCUCCCUCUAUUCCCUUGAACGACGAGUCUCUUGGAGGCUUGGACGCACAUUAUCCCAACUUGCCGUCCCCUGGCUUCCUCCACGGAGCUCACUUGAGACGUCAAGUGCACCUGCGCCAAGCAGGCGAUGAGACGCUUAGUACAGAGCAGGGCACCGAGAUGGGCGCAGCAGGUCAUCACAGCCGACCUACGCAGCACACUGCGUCAGGCCGAGCGCCAGACAGUUGGAUCGACCACGACUCUUGGGCCCCUGGCGUAGCGCGCGGUGUGCCGGAGAGCUCGACACGCCCAGACCAUCGCCGGAACGUCAACAACAGACAAGCGCCGGCGUUCCCUCCAGAGAGCAUACAUCCGAGUCCAGCCGUUGCAGAGCGCUACGCCCGCGGUGCUCGAGGUGCAUACGCUUCUGGAACAGCACAACAGCACGCUUCUUAUGCCGCUUCAUCUUCGUCCCUCGACACGGCUAGCGAAGAUGAAGAUGAUGAAGACGACAUUUCAGAGACGCGAACCCCAGAGACCAGAAGUACAGGCAAUCACGUGGAUCUGAGAGCUACGCCGGUGGGUCAAUCCCGUACUGUCAAGCAGUUCGACAGACCCACGCUCGGAGAGGAAAAGAUGGCCAGGCUCAAGGCGGCCGAGCAACGGAAUUUCAGGCACGGUCAGAAUCGCACAGAGACUCGACGCGACGCGCUGACACAGCAAGAUGGAGAAGGACUUGCUGCUCGCGCGCAGCGCAUCAAUCGAGCAACAUCCACGUCACGACCAGAUUUGCCAUCAUCGCCCUCGCCUGCUCCCUCAUUGACCAGGAAAAGGGUGCAUCGCAGCAAACAAGCCUCGAUCGACGACGUGCGUGCAGAGCAAGCCGACGACAUUUUCAGUCAAGCCGCCCCGCGCCCCCAAGCGGGUGAUGACCACGAGCAGGCACACAAAGACGACAGCGGUGGGUCUGGCUAUGCAGCGGGCGCUCCUUCGGGUCAGGAAGGCGAAAGCUCAGGAGAGACGUUGCUCGGAUCUGGUAACGUGUGGAAAGGCGAUGCUUAUCAUGGUAUGCAAGGUUUGGAUACGCCAUGGAUGCGCCUGCCUUCUGGCCAAAGAGUGGGACAGGGAGCAUACGAGGCGCGACUGCCUGACUUGACUGGCAUCACGUCUGCAAUGGCCAGUCCUGCACAAGCCAGAGAUACGCAUGUCCCACUCGCAAAGCUUCGCCCUCCGCCACAAGAGCUCGACGAGCUCGCAGAGAGGCUGGAUGCGGUCAAAGCAACAAUGCAGGCGGAGGAGAUUGACUUGCGAGGUCAGAGAACCCACCGUGGUCGCGCUUCUCGCCCGGCCCAAGUACACGGCAGCGAGCCGAAGCUUCCAUCGAACGGGCUGGGCCCCCUGCCUGCAUGGCGCUCUGCGGCAGAAGCUGAGUCUGCACCGCGAGAUCUUGGCUUCGACGUCGAUCGCGCACAAGCCGAAGCCAUUCGAGCGAUGCGAGAGAAUGUGGACCGCGUGGAUGCAAAUUUGGACUCUUAUAGGGCCUAUCUCAGCUAUCAGUACGGCAACGCCGCGCUCCCCAUGGACAUUCAGCGUCGAAGCGCGCCUUCUGAGGCGAUCCAACGCCCUGUCCGGGACGAUCUGGAUAGGGAUGCCUUGCGCACCCAAUUGUCCCGAGUCGAGUUGGAGCUUCGCAUCUUGAGAAAAGUGGCUGACAGUGAAGGUGCACAUGUUGCAUCUUCGCCUGGUCCGACUCGACGCAGGACAGAAUUACGAGAAGAGCAGCCCAGAAGCAAAGCUGGACAACCUCGGCGCUCGCAUUCACUCGACCGCACCGAGCAGGUCGUGAACCUCGCGGACGAAUCGGCAGUCGAAGGAGACUUGGGCGCAAAGGGCUUCGAUGCUCUGCACCAUGACGCGCCCAGUCGUCAUGUCAGGUAUGAGCGCGUCGAGGUGCCCCGCUCUUCAACACCUCCGGCCAAUGCGAAACCAGCCACUCCAGCUCAGGCGGCGCACUCGCAGAUGCAGCCCCAGCCGCACCGCCAAGCAGCACUCAAGGAGCAAUUCAAACGGUCUCAGAAGUAUGCCACGGCUCCUGCCGAUGAUCCCGACGAAACAAUUCGUGCGUCCCGAGAAAAGGGCAAAAGCAGCACGAAGCCGUCUGAGACGGAGGACGCCGCUGUGCAGCCGAUUCUUCCUGUAGAGCUUGACGAAGCGGACGUCACGGCCGCACACGAGAGGGCAGAAAGGGUUUUCGAGACCAUCUCCGUUGAUAUGGGUCAGCAAACAGCUCACACCGCUCCGAAUGCGGACACCACGGUCUCAGCUGCUCAGCCUGGCAUGCAUCAUAAUGCCAUCACCUGUACUGUGUGUGGCAGCAUGUACAAGAAGGAGCGCAAGAGAGUCGCACGGAAGGAGAAGGCCCGACGGGUUGCUGACGCGGGAGCUUUGGCAGAUGAAGAGACGGUGUCGGCGCUGCUGGAAGCUGGAGAGGAGUCGGGAGGCGCAAGGACGAAAUUGGGCGCCAAGCAGAUCAAAGUCCUCAAAAGGCUCAUCAAGGAACACAUGGACGAAUUCAUCCACUCCAGAAUGCUCUAUGCGGAGUUAGCAGACGAGCUGAAGCUCGUCGAGCCCAGCAUGAGCUCCAAAAAUCGACAGAUCUUGGCCGAGCACGUGCUCGAAGCGGUCGAGACGCUAGAGUUCCGCGCUCAGCGCAUCAAUCAUCUACAGGCUCUUUUACCAGGGACAGACGAGAACCAGAACGAGGUUCUAGCGCAGGUAGAGAACCGCAUGGACUCGCGCGAGAACCGCAACGAAGGCGUUGCGAAGGGUCAAGAAGGCUCCAAAAAGUCGCGCACACAGACGGACAGCAGACCUAGGGUCAACUCUCCUCCUACCAUCGACGGUGCACCGCAUCCGGUCUCCAAGACGCGCCCCGUCCGCUCCUGAGCGAUUUUGACUUUUACGCUCGCCUCGACGUACCUUAUAUCUUUGUUUUCCUGCUACGUGUAUGCUUUGUCAUGCCCACAUCUCCGAGUUGCACACCACCGUGGCUCAGCUUAGCUGAAAUCUGCCUUUCGCCCAGCAGUAGAGGCGUGGCAUCAGGCAAUGGCCGCCCGCGCACCUCCAACUUCAUUCACCUAUCACUCGCUGUCGUGACGCUCGAUCUCACCAGCAGAGGCCUUUGACCCGAAUGUCAUAGCUGUACAAGAUUCCAUAUGAGAUU